ACAUUGCUAUCCCUUUUUCAAGGAACUAUACUGCUGUAAAAUCUGGAUGAAGGGACCAGGCAAGUCAGCUCUUCUCAGAUCUAUAAAUCACACCCACUUUAAAACAUUUGCUUCCUUGGCAAGGAACUUUCGCCGGCGCAACUGAUCAGCUCCGGUCUAUCUUGAAGAGGGUUGAAAGAAGACAAAGAUGCACUCAGCGCUGGGCUUAUCUUUCAUGCUAAUUGCUGUUUCCUCCAAUUUUGCAAUGGCAAUCAAAAAGGAAAAAAGAGUUCCCCAGACACUCUCCAGAGGAUGGGGAGAUGAUAUAACUUGGGUACAAACUUAUGAAGAAGGGCUCUACCAGGCAAAACAAAGUAAUAAGCCACUGAUGGUCAUUCACCAUUUGGAAGAUUGUCCGUAUUGUCAAGCACUGAAGAAGGUUUUCGUGGACAAUCAAGAAAUUCAAGAGAUGUGCCAGAAUAACUUCAUCAUGCUUAAUCUGAUGCAUGAAACAACAGACAAGAACAUGUCACCUGAUGGACAAUAUGUGCCCCGAAUCAUGUUUGUAGAUCCUUCUCUCACGGUAAGGGCUGAUAUCACUGGAAGAUACUCUAAUCGACUCUAUACUUAUGAGCCUCAAGACCUGCCAGUCUUAAUAGAGAACAUGAAGAAAGCAUUGCGUCUUGUUCAGACUGAGCUAUAAGUGCAGCGGUGAGAUCAUCACACCCCAGGGAAGCAAUGUGAAUCAAGAAGUGUCUAUCUGGACCAUCUCUCUUUACCCUCUCUGGAAUUUUAUUCCCAACCUGCCGUUAUCCCAUUCCAGGCCUAUCUUGCCUCUUCCAAGGGUGGUAGUAGUAGUAGAAGUAGGCCCCAUCUUCAGUAUCAUGCCACUUUAAAUAGUCAUGGCUUCCCCCAAAGAAUCCUGGGAAAUGUAGUCUGUUAAGGGUGCUGAGAGUUGCUAUUCCCCCUACAGAGCUAUAGAGUGGCUUAACAGUCUAUCCCCCUUUCCACAGAAUUCUAGGAAUCCUAGCUCUCUGAGGGGGAUAGGUGGCCUCCUAACAACUCCCAGCAAAUUUAAUCAACUACAGUUCCCAGGAUUCUUUGGGGGAAGCCAUGACUGUUCAAAGGGCAUGAUGAUGCUUUCAAAGUAUGGAGCAGUUGUGGCCAUGGAUGCAGUAUCAAACCUCAGUUAGUGAGAAUGAAGGCACAGUUUUACCUCAGGAUCCUUCCCUUCCUGGAACUUCAUAUCACAAUACCCCCCCCCCUCCCACAGAGUCUCAUUCCACAGCUUGAGAAUCUGCAGUUGGAGGAAAGCAUACAUAGCAAUACUUAUAUUUGUGAAAAUAAGAUACAAAGUAUGCUAGGAUGGGGGAAAACUGCUUUGCAGAAAUGUGUAUAGUAGGGGAAAUUAUGCACAAGCAUGCAUCUGUUAGGAUCAAUUAGCAUGAAAAUGCUGGUGAAUUUUAUAUACGUGGAAAUGUGGAGAACUGAAUUUAAGAUUACAGAAGAUCUGAGAAAUGGAAAUUGACAGAUUCACCCAUCCUGAAAGCCACUAGCUGGCAAUUUCAUAUAAUGCCCAUGCAAACAUAUCAGCAUAAAUGUACGGCUAUACUCUGGAAGCUCCCAUAGUUUUCAACCUAGGGUGUAAAAUGCUCUGUUUCAGCGCAUCCCAACCAUACAAGAUGCACAGAUGAGCAUCAAUCCAUGCUGGAUUAAUAGAACCUAGUGCAAACCAGUGCAGGCUCUGCAAUCUAAAUAGCUAGGAGCUGCUUCCAGCAUAGGCGUGCUAGAGAUGAAAAGGUAUUUAUCUUUUCCAGUGAUGCUUCUUGUAUUCAUGGUUACCUAGAUGAGAAUCUCCUGCUGCAUUUCUUAUGUCCAUUAAUUUGCAGUAGUUAGCUCCCAGUCUUUAUAAUGCUGUGUAGAAAUAGGCUUUUGUGCAGAGUUAUCUUGAAGAUUUCAUUGCAAUCUGCAUUUGCUAAGAUAGUGUGAAUGAGCGAAAGAUCAAUUUCUUACAACACAGUCCUAGGAAAGUUUAUUCAAAAAUCAUUUCCACUGAUUUCAGUGGGAUUGACUUCUUAAUAGGUGGCUUAAGAGCACAGCCUUAGUUGUUCUGCAAAGGAAUUGGCUGUGCUAUCUGCACAAAUUACUCAAAUUAUUUGAAUUUUGUAUGGGGAAAAACCCCCAAAAAUAAAAUAAUAAACUGCUGACGAAUCCUUCAGA